AUGAACAAGCUUCAAUUAAACAACGUUUCAAUUAAUGAAUCGGAAUCGUUGGAUGAUCCUGAAUUAUUGAUGAAAAUACUAGAUGCAAGAGAACGUCUAGAAGAAGCUACUGAUGAAAAUGAGGCAAAAAACAUUAAGGAUGAAAGUGAAGUGAGAAUCAAUGAAAUUAUAUCCAACCUUUCGCAGGCAUUUAAAUUUAACGAUUUAGUUCAGGCGAAAGAAUUGACAAUAAAGCUUCAAUAUUGGUAUAACAUACGAGAAGCUGCUAUUGGAUGGGAGCAAGGAAAACCGAUCGAGAUUCAUCAUUAA